CGAUGAAGAGCAUGCAUUCCGUGUGAGAUACCUAACAAGUCAGAAACGUUAACUUCCCAGAACGGUAGCAUGGUGCAUCUGGAGCUUUGGCAAGAUCAGGUGCGAAGGCCUCGGAUGGAGCGUCACAAGGCCGCCGUCGCCAUUGUGAAGGCGAUGGCUCCCGAGGCACACAGUCCUCCAGCCUUGCGCCGUGCCGAGCGACAACGCUUUGCAGAAGCCUUCGAGGCCUUCAAGGCCCCGAAUGCGAAGGAAGGGCUCAGCGUUGGAGGAUUUGUCAAGCUCUGCCAGCGCUGCUUUCGGUUCAGCGACACCUUCGGUGCCAACGAGGCCGAAGAGAUCUUCUGGGAGGUGGUGUUGCCCGGUGGAGAGAUGGACUUACAAGGCUUAGACACGGCCCUCUCCCUGAUCGCUUGGCGCUUCGGGCGCGCCGCGGGUGCCUUGAAGCGUGCGGUGAGCCUAGCAGGGGUUUCAGAGGGCAAGAACUUGCCGGCCUUAGCCAACAAGGAGAUGCCACGACACAACGUCAGGCCUUGGGUGGGUGGCGCCUGAAGAAUGGGCCCUUCUGCUCCAGGCCGGUGUUCACCUUGACUGCUGUGGCUUCAUGUACAGGGCGGACAGCUGUUUUUUUUUUUUUUUCGCAGUUUUGGUUCACAGAGGAGGCAGGCACCAUUUAAUCCGAAGCGUGGGCGUGUAUGUCGUCCAAAGUGUCCUGCUCCUCCUGCCGUAGGACGGUUUUGGGGGCUGUGGCACGGAGAAAGCACCGAUGAAACCAGCGUGCCUGGCACGAUGGCGGCACAUGUUUCGAGCAGGGGCCAGGGCUGCGUUAGAGCGGGGCCGGGGCUGCGUUAGGGGCCAGGGCUGUGUUUGGAUGGGG